AACCGCAAGUGUUGUCUCCGCCUUACACACGUUUUUGGAAAUAAAUGUUUUAAUGUGUAUGCCAACACUACAAGUCAUACAUGCCACUGUGCGAAAUUUAUAAAUAUUCAAAGGUCUGAAGAAAUCGCAGAAAGUGAUGUUAUGAGUAAAACAAAAAAUGAAAAGUGGCUUUCACAAAAUGCGGUUUCAUUGUCAGUUGACAAUACAAGUCCCACAAAUACUACAGUUUGGACAGAUGAAAAUACAUCUUUUAUGUUAAAUUGUUUCCAUAAUUAUUCAAAACAAAUAGGUCCAAUGAAAAAAUUCCAAAACAAAAAGACGAUGUGGACAAAAGUUCGACAAGAUAUGAUAAAGGAAUUAGGUUGUUCAUUUACAGAAACUCAAAUUGAAAACAGAUAUAAAACAGUUUUAAGAAGAAACAUAUCGUUGAUGAAAAAAAAAAAUACUACUGGACCAUCUCCCAAUUUGAGUAGCGUUCAUGAAGAGUUUAGUCAAAUAACAGCAUUGGAUGAUUCUAUUGAACCAUCAGUUUCUGUAGGAACAUCUAGUUCUGGACUGAAAAGAAUAACCAAAGAUGUCCCACAAGAUGAGCCACAAGUUACAAAGAAGGUUAAGACUUCUCUAAAUGAUCUGAUGAUUACCUUGAACAAAGAAAAAGAAGAAGACAGACUAAAGAGAAAACUGAAACGUCAAAAAUGUCACGAACAAAAAAUGAAUAUUCUUAAAAAAAUCUUUAAUAACAAAUAGAUUUUUCUUUUACAACAUUUAUUAAUAUGUUCCUAAUAAUUAAAAUUUACAAAAUACAUAACAAUUUUCGUUUUUUGAAUCCUUUUUCACAAGAUUGUAGUUCUUGGGCGUAUGUUAAUAGUUACAUUUUCUGUAAUUCUUCUACAAGUGGUUGUUCAGGAAAUAAAUCAUCAUCAUCUGUACACAAAUUAUGUAGCUAAUAUAAAAUUUGAAUCUUUCAGCUA